AUGAACAUCUCUACUCAACCUGCCCUUGCUAGCACUGGCACUAGUCAAACUGGUGGUCAUGGCACAGUUAGCAGUAGCCAGCCUGUCACUGCUACCGAGCAUGCUGGCCUUGCACAACGCUCUGGCCUGUAUAUUGAGGGAGAUGAUCGAUUCAUUGUCUUUGUGACGACUGAUAAUGUCCUGUACCGGCUUCCAGUUGUCAUUCUACGGAACAUAUCAUCAGCAGUCGAUGGCGUGUUCUCGAUUCCUGCAAGUGAUGACAAGGAGGGCUCCGACGAUGAGCAUGCUGUUCAACUGCAUGUUUCCUCAGAGCAGUACCGCCCAGUUCAUGAGCUCAUACUUGGCCCGACAGUACCCGACCGCACCUUCAGUGGGCUUGAGCUCUUUCAUGUCAUUGUGCUCGCACAUCGCUGGGGGAUGCCCUGGAUGCAUUGUCUUACCCUGAUGUUUAUAAGGGAUCUGGAUGGUGACCUGGACCUUCCAAGCCAUCUCCGCCUCAUUCUCGCUGUCCGCUACCGAGUCGAGACUUUGCUCGAGCCCGCUUUCCGAGAGCUGGUUCGCAUGGAUAUGCAGCUCAUCACGAACGAAGUUUGCGAUGCACUUGGGAUGCCCAUUGUCCGUAUCAUCUUCGCCCUGAAGAUUGACCUUGCCCGGCUCCCUCGUAAACUGGCGGCUGAGAUGCCGACCUUCCAGUACGAUCCCAGAUGCCGCAACAAUGACAAAGGUCACACAUGCCUCGAGGGCUGGCGUCGGAACUGGUUUUACAGGGUGGUCCCUCAACUCGUCAACCACGAACAUCCCUUGCCGGGACCGGUUGAACCUGAUGCCUUGACAAGGCUUGUGGGAAAACUGGAGGGGGUGUGCGACCUGUGCCAUAGAAACACUAUAGACGUCUUCGGGUUUCUUGAGGACACAGAGGUGUUCGACAGCGAAGAGGAGCUGUACAAAGCAGCACUUCGGGAGCUCCGUGGACUCGGAACAUACUUCUGA